AUGGACUUCCCAUUCUUCAGCCCUUACACACGUCUAGCAGCAUGGACUUCCCAUUCUUCAGCCCUUACACAUCUAGCAACAUGGACUUCCCAUUCUUCAGCCCUUACACAACACGGGCGGUGUAGCAGCAUGAACUUCCCAUUCUUCAGCCCUUACACGUCUAGCAGCAUGGACUUCCCAUUCUUCAGCCCUUACAUGACACGGGCGCAUGGACUUCCCAUUCUUCAGCCCUUACACGACACGGGCGGUGUAGCAGCAUGGACUUCCCAUUUUUCAGCCCUUACACGUCUAGCAGCAUGGACUUCCCAUUCUUCAGCCCUUACACGUCUAGCAACAUGGACUUCCCAUUCUUCAGCCCUUACACGUCUAGCAGCAUGGACUUCCCAUUCUUCAGCCCUUACACCUAUUUCGAGGGAACGGUAA